CUGUUUCCUUACGGACGGUACAGAGGAGCGGGACAGCAUGUGUGUGGUGCAGUAAAGUGUCCCGUCUUUACGGCGUGUUUACACUAAAAUAUGGCAGCGGCAGAAGUAGUUCUUGGUUUUCUGGAGCAGGUGGAGCCGUGGCGGCUUCGGUCGUCUCAGUUCCCCAGUAAGGUUGGAGGGAAGCCGGCGUGGCUUAGCCAGACCGGACUCCCAUCCCAGUCAGCGCUGGAGUGUGAGAUCUGCCGCGUGCCCAUGGUGUUCCUGCUCCAGGUUUAUGCACCGAUUUCUGGUCAGGAGAGAAGUUUCCACAGAAUACUCUUUCUGUUCUGCUGUAAGACCCCUGAUUGCUACACACUCAACGACAACCGCUGUAUAAAAGUUUUCAGGAGUCAGCUGCCAAGAAGGAAUGAGUUCUACCCCUAUGAGCCCCCACCAGAGGAUGAACCGCCCAGCGAUCUGGAGGACCAAACCAUGUUGCCCAUCUCUGGAGUUAAACUGUGUUGGGUCUGUGGUUGUCCGGGCAACAAGGCCUGCUCCCGCUGUCAUGCUGUAACUUACUGCGUCAAACAUCACCAGGCCAUCCACUGGAAGCAUUCUCACAAGAGGGAAUGUGGCAACCCAGAUUUGUCCACUGUUGCAGCUUCUCCCCUUCUCUUCCCUGAGUUUGAGCUUGUUACUGAGCCUGAAGAAGAAGACGGCGAGAAGGAAGAGGAAGAUCAGGGAAGAGACUCUGAGGCUCAACCUGGAGAUGAAGACAGUAACCAAAAAAGUGUUUCCUCCUCUUCCUUGGCAGACACUCUGGCAGAGACAGACCUGGAGGAUAUGGCCAUGCAUGAGACGGAAGAAAACAAAGUGUUUCAAAGAUUUAAAAAGAAGAUUGCAUCAGAGCCACACCAGGUGAUUCGUUAUUGCCGGGGAGGAUCUCCUCUGUGGGUCUCCGCACAGCACGUCCCCUCAGAUCAGGACAUCCCAUCAUGCACCUGUGGUGCUAAGAGGAUGUUUGAGUUCCAGGUGAUGCCCCAGCUGUUAAACGACCUGUCUGUGGACUCAACAGGAGCCAGUAUUGACUGGGGAACCCUGUUGGUCUACACAUGCUCCGACAGCUGUAACCAUGCCAACCAGUACUGCCAGGAGUUUAUCUGGAAACAAGAUUUUGGUCCAGAUACGAAAACCAAAGAUAAAUAAAGUGUUCUAAUUUUUAAUCAUGAAUAUAUAAGAAAAGUUAUUUUCUCUCUGGCUAUCAGUGUUAAACCACAUUCACUUUAGUUUUGCACAAAGAUGCACUUGAAUAUUUUGUAAAAAAAAAA